UCUAGAGUGUGUAUGUUUCUACCCGAGAAUUUAUGCUCGUAAGAGCAUCUGUGUGGAUCUGUGUAUAUUCGUAUGCAGUUACAAUACGUCCAUCAAUUUACGUCUUUUAUUAAAUAGUUUGUUGCUUAUGUGCUAAGCAUUUUCAUACGAACACUAAAAAUGAAUGUAUUUUGGUUUUUUCCGGAAAUUUGAAAUUAAUGGUACAAAAAACCAUUUAAAGUGAUAGCAGAAGCAAGCGAAAAGAUUGUAAAAAAGUGUAAUAAAAAUAAAACGAGAAAAGAGUACUGUAUCUAAUUUUACUGAAAUGCUGAAAUGCCGUUUAUGUGCAUCAAAAAUGUUGCGUUUGUUACAGAUUUAAACUAUGCUGACACACCACACCUAGGUUAAAAUUACCAUUAUUUUCUCACCUAUUUUAGUUAGUGCUACUCUCUGAUUGACACCUAGUCAAGAUGAAUAUGCGCCCCCCCAACAAAAGUACUUUAUUAAAAGUUGUUAUCUUAGGCGAUGGGGGUGUUGGUAAAUCAUGCUUAAUGAAUCGCUUUGUGUCAAACCGCUAUGAUGAAAAUAAUUUUCAUACAAUCGGUGUAGAGUUUAUGAACAAAGACUUUAGCGUCGAUGGUGAAAAGUAUACAUUGCAGAUUUGGGAUACGGCAGGACAAGAACGUUUUCGUGCUUUGCGUACUCCGUUUUAUCGGGGUUCGGAUGUUUGUUUAUUAUGCUAUGCAAUCGACGAUCACGACAGUUUUCGUGGUUUGAAACAAUGGCGUGAAGAAUUUCUGCAUUACGCUGACGUAAACGUAAAAAGUGAACGGUUUCCUUUUAUCGUAGUAGGAAAUAAGAAUGAUUUAGCCUCCCAAUGCAGACAGAUAUCCAGUGAUGAGGUAAAGCAAUGGUGUGAAAAAUUUCAUGUUGUUAGUUAUAUAGAGACAUCCUCGAAAGCAGCUACAAAUAUAUCAGAAGCUUUUACAUUGGCUAUACGUCAGUGGAAGCGUAUGGAACGCAUAGCAGAAGUAGAAUUAAAAUCACAAGACAUCAUAGAUUUAACGAAAAGUAUACGCUUGGCACAAAAUCGUUUUUGUUGUACAGGCGGUAGUAGAAAUGUAAGUGGAAGUUUAGAGUCUGAAGACGAAUCUAUGUACUCACCAUCACCUAGUAGAUUUGGUAGGCGUUCGUUGCCGAAGCCAGUCGAAACGCACUAUCAACUGUAGAAGUAGACAAUAAUUAGUCACAAAGCAAAAGUAAACAAAAACUUUUUUUUUUUUAACACGAUGUUUAACUUAAGUCGGAAAAUUCAUCCCGAGAUAUCCAGUUUUGAUUUUAUUUUAGAAAAUCCCUAAAUAUGUAUUAUUUUGGAUUUUUAAAUUAUUUCCUUAUACGCAAUUUUCAGCAAAAGGAAUAUCUGUUUGGUAUACGAUUUAGUUAGGUCUUAGAUAGAAUGAAAACAUAAGUAAAUACGAUAGAAACGGACAUAGAGGAAGUAGUUUCCUUUUAGUGAAUGUAUUAACUAAGCAUUGAUACUACUGACAAUAUUAAUACAAGACAAAUAAAGUUUUGCGAUCCAGAAUAGCCAAAAUUAAUGAGCACUACUACAACAAAAGACAUCAUUAACUAUUGUUUCGAAAGUCAUUUCUAUAUUUGCAGCAUAGGGCAUCCAGUCGAAAACUUUUAAUACCACUUGUAUAUUCUUCAUAAUUCUGUCACCGAAUGAAUUUAUUAAUGCAGUCGCCAGCGUUGUGCCACAACUAUAGCAAGAUCUCUCCGUAAAUAAAUUGGACCAUACCGCACAAGAGCGUAGAAGUCCAAACGCAAUAUUUUCUGAGAAUUAUUCUGUCGCGUUCGGUACAGACUAUUAAAGGUAGGUUUAAGUAGAAUCGGUUAACAUUUUAUUUCUGCUAAGACUUAUUCGCAAGUGAAGUGUUGAACUUUUAUCUUCAAUCGAAGCAACAGUUUGCCACUUCCGAAGCUAGUUCUUCUGUUGAAUUUCUCUCGCCGUACCUACAUCUCAACUGCGAAUGAAAAAUUCUUUUCCUUCAAAACAGAUGUUCUCAAAUCAAAUUUUUUUUUUUUUUUUGAUAUGUUGAAUGGAGAAUCAGAUUUCUCAAAAGUACAAAAUAUUUACAGCAAAUGCAAGUUCGACUUAACCAUUAGCUGUUUUUUUUUUUGUACGCAAGUGUCAAAAGUACCACGAAUUUUCGUCAAGCAAUUAAAGGUAAGGAGGAAGGAGAAACAAAGUCUUGUUUGAAAUCAUAUGUUAAACGCACAAUCUCUAUUAAAGUAGUGUGAAGAAGUAAAGAACAAGAAGAAGAACAAAAAAGUAAAGAAGUAAAAAAAGGACAGUUCAACGACAUUUUUAACUUUAUUAAAGCGAGGCAUUCAAAUAGGGUGUAAAUAUAAGCGUGGUCCUAUCGCUCUAUUUUAUCUCAUUUUUGCAAAAUGUUAUCCUUUUCGGCAGCACGCUAGGACUUAGACAAUUACAAUUAUUUGUGCAAAUUUUGUCAUUUUUCCUGCUUCAAUCCCAAACAAGUGAUACAUUUGUUUAGGAGCCUCAGGGCGGUUCAACAUCAUAUAAAAGGUUUAGGAAGAGGCCUUCCAUGGAUUUAAAUAAAUCGGUAUUUGACACAAGCUGGCACUCUUUGCUCUAGGACCGAAAAUGAUGUGGCAGUUGUGCAGUCAAAUUAUACGUACGAACUCUUGGCAUCUAAAUCCCCUUUUUAAAGUUUUUAUUAACAUUUUUUUCCUCUUUAGCGAAACGUAUAUGUGU